AUGGCGGAUGGCGACAGCAAGGAUGAUAUCACACACCCAUCACAAUUCUGGGACGGACGGCCCGAGAAGAUGAUCUCCCUCCGGUUGGUGCUGGAAAGGUCCAUGACACAGGCUGCCCUGGCCGAAUACGACUCCUUGCACGAUGAGGAGGCUGCCUCACGCAUCCAGAGUUUGAAAACGAUCCAUCUAGACUGGCUGGGCAUUUCAGAGAUUUCUAGCUUGGAGCCCUUUGAGUCUGCUGAGGUUUUAUACCUUCAAGCCAACCGCAUUUCAAGAAUCGAGAACUUGGAUUGGAUGCCAAGGUUGCAGUUUUUGGCGCUGCAGUACAACAGAAUUGCCGUUGUGGAGAACUUGAUGUGCCUGCGUGACCUAGAGUUCUUGGACUUGUCCAAGAACGAGAUAGUGAGCUUUGAUGAGAAGGAGCUGCCACGGAAGAUCAAUAUGUUGAACUUCAGAGGAAACCUUUGCACUGAAGCCUCAGACUACAGGCCAAAGCUCCUGGCGCAUUUGUCUGAUUUGGUGAAACUGGAUGGCGAGCCGGUGGGCGAGGUCUCUGAACGCACGGAAGAAGCUGCCGUGGAUCCGGAGGAAGAUGCUCUUUUGAGACUUGCUCCAGGGCCUAACUCAGGUCUUGGAGCCUACUGGAUGCGAAAGGAUCUCUUUGCUGGUGUAACUGCAGAUGUGAAGGAGUAUAUCGAUGCUUAUUCGAUUGAAGCUUUAGCGAGCGACGACUUCAGUCAGAAGGCCGUGGACGCCGCAUCGCGGAGCCGCAAGCGGCGAGAGGCCACACCGCUUCCCACUCCGGCAGGUCUAGAGGAAGUUGUCCAGCGCUGA